AUGGAGCUGGAGGAGGAUGAAGAUGAGCUCGUGGGGGAGCUUGUUGUUGAAGACGAGCUUGAUGCUGAAGACGAGCUGGUUGUCGAAGACGAGCUUGAGGAAGGCGUUGUACGGGAGCUUGAUGAACUUGAAGAGCUGGAAGAACUUGACAAGGUAGAAGUUGACGACGCCGAAGAAGAUGACGAGCUAGAAGAAGGCGAUGGAGAUGUGCAAGGUUCCGUGGAUUCCAGAAUCUUAGCCUCAUAUGGGUCCAUGAAGUUUGCGCCCCCGCAUUUCUUUACUACAUUUUUUUGCCCCCCAACUACUACGAGGGAUUUCACACUACCAACGGGCUGGUAA